AACAGUGAUUAAGAGGAGGAUAGAUUCUUGAAGAGGAGAGUGGAGUGGACAGAGACUUCUCUGUUGUAAAUGUGCACGAGUCUGAGCCGUUCUGAUUGAGGAGAGAGGCGGGUCUUAUCUGCGUCUGGGGGGGAGGACCUUCGUGUCAGAUAACCAAUCAUGGAGAGGACGAGGACGAGGGCGGGUGCAGCUGUGUUCCUGAUGCUGAUCUUGGGUCACCUAGGCAACGCUCUGGAGGUCCCACUAGACCCUAAAGUUCUGGAAGAAUUGGCGCAGCCGCCAACCAUAACUCAACAGUCCCCCAAGGAUUACAUCAUCGACCCUCGGGAGAACAUCGUCAUCCACUGUGAGGCCAAAGGGAAGCCACAUCCCAGCUUCUCGUGGACCAGAAACGGGACCCACUUUGACAUUGACCAGGAUCCCAAGGUGACGAUGCGACCCCGCUCUGGUACCCUGGUGGUGGACAUCAGUGGGGAGAAGGCCGAGACGUACGAGGGGAUCUACCAAUGUACAGCCAGAAACAAACACGGGGCCGCAGUGUCCAACAAUAUCGUCAUCAGACAGUCCAUCUGGCUCCAGCAGCUCCAAGAUGGUGCUGAGAGGACAGGUCCUGGAGUUGGAGUGCGUCACUGAAGGACUUCCCACUCCAGAGGUCUCGUGGAGUAAGCUGAGCGGGGAGUUCCCUGACAAGCGUACCUCCAUCGUGACCUUCCAGAAGAUACUGCGUAUCGUGAACGUGUCCGAUGCCGACGCUGGCGAGUACCGCUGCACUGCCCACAACCGCUUGGCCUCCAUACACCACACCAUCCGUGUCACCGUCAAAGGUUUAAGGACAGCCAGUCCAGCACCCUGGAAGGGGACCCCUACUUGCUGCAUGAAAACGGGACUCUGGAGAUAUAUGUGGCCCAGGCCCUCAACAGUGGGAAGUAUAUCUGUGUGGCCAGGAACUCUCUGGGCAUCGCUGAGAACCACGUCUAUCUGGAGGUCAAAGAGCCAACUCGUAUCCUGAAGCAGCCGAAAUACAAGGUGGCCCAGAGAAACAGGAACGUGGUGUUUGAGUGUAAAGUAAAACACGACCCCACCCUCAUCCCCAUCAUGAUCUGGCUGAAAGAUAACGGAGAGCUGCCCGACGACGAGAGAUUUCUGGUGGACUCUGACAGCUUGACCAUAACAGAUGUGACAGAGAACGACGCUGGAACUUACACCUGCAUAAUGAAUACUACUCUGGACCAUGACUCUGCCAGUGCUGAGCUCACUGUCGUCGAGGCAGCUCCUACUCCAGCUGUCAUCUAUGAACAACCAGACCCUCCUACUGACCUGGAGCUGACCGACAUGAAACCCAGGAAUGUCCAGCUCACUUGGAUACCUGGAGAGGAACACAACAGCCCUAUUCACACUCCAGAUGAGAACCCCAGCGGAGUUAAAGGUUUUGGAACUGAACAUGACAAUCUUAUGAUAUUGUGGAAGCCAAUGUCAGGCCUCCAGGCUAACGGUCCAGGCCUGCAGUACAAGGUGAUGUGGAGACAGAAGGAUGUGGACAAGAACUGGACGUCAGUGACCGUGGCCAACGUCUCCAAGUUCAUGGUCUCUGGGACGCCCACCUUCACACCAUACGAGGUCAAGGUUCAAGCCAUUAACAACAACGGGAUUGGCCCUGAUCCAGCUGUGGUCACUGGACACUCCGGAGAGGACUUGCCGGUGCAGGCUCCAGACAGUGUCCAGGUCCUAGUGUUGAACAGCACCCUGGCUGAGGUGCACUGGGAGCCUGUCCCACCGAAGACAGUACGGGGACAUCUCAAGGGAUACAAGGUGUAUUACUGGCUUGAGCGGAGCCUCCACAAACACAACUCCCACCGUGUGGAGCAGCAGCUUCUGACCUUCAGUGGGAACAAGAGUCAUGGCAUGCUCCCCGGCCUGCAGCCCUACAGCCUCUACCUGUUCAACGUCAGGGUCUUCAACGGCAAGGGGGAGGGCCCCGCUAGCUCCAACCUGCAGUUUGAGACCCCCGAAGGAGUUCCUGGGCGGCCAUCUUUCCUGAGAAUCACCAACUCUAACCUGAACAAUUUGACUCUGGAAUGGGGUCCUCCCAACGACCGCAACGGACACCUCACCGGCUACAUCCUCAAAUACCAGCAAGUCAAUAACUCCAACGAGCUGGGUCCGAUGGAAGAGCUGGCCCUGCCGGCCAACAAGACCUCCGUCACGCUCCCCAACCUCAAGUACAGCACACGCUACAAGUUUUAUUUCAAUGCCAAAACAGGCCAGGGAGCAGGGCCCGUCAUUACAGAGGAAGCCGUCACUAUUAUGGACGAAGUCCUAAUGUAUCAGCCUUCAGUAGACGAGGUUGGAGGAGGGAACACCCGAACCCAAACCUCACCUCCCAUAGCAGGGUCUCCUCCACGCCACCCAUUCCACAAGGUGCAUCCAGCGGCUCCGGCAUUCAGGAACGUUAGCUCUUCCGUGGGAGAGGACGGAAUGCUUAUCAGUUGGGAGUACUGGGGAGCGGAAAAACAUGUUUAUGUAGAAUAUAUAAUUAAGAACGACAACACUCUCGGUGAAGAGGAGUGGCAGAAAGAGUAUGUAAAUGGAUCUCAGGCCUAUGUGCUGAAGGGCUUAAAGGAGGGCCUGUCCUAUAGGGUACGCGUGGUUGCCAAGGGUCACGACGACCAAGCGGUGCUCCACCAAUCAGAGGAGCUUUUGGUGACCGUUCCAGCUAUGCCAUCCAGACAGGCUGACAUCGCUACUCAGGGCUGGUUCAUCGUGAUGUGUGCCAUCGCUCUCCUCAUCCUCGUCCUCCUCAUCAUCUGCUUCAUUAAGAGGAACAAGGGAGGCAAAUACCAGGUCAUAGUAACAGACCCAUUUGCUAUCUCUGUCCUAGUGAAGGAAAAGGAGGACGCUCACACAGACCCAGAGUUCCAGCCCAUGAAAGAGGAUGACUGUACUUUUGGGGAUACAGGUGGAAACGUGAAUCUGUCCUCUGGAGCCCACAAAGAUAGGACAGGCGACAAGAAUGGGGACAGGGGGGGGGAGGGUCAAGGGGGAGGCAGGUCACGACAGUGGAUCAGUGACGGGUUCAGGGACAGGGGCGGUGACACUGAGGACCAUAAGCCGUUAAAAGGGAGCCGCACACCUUCUAACGGGACGGUGCACAGGGACAGCAGUGACGACAGUUUAGUUGACUAUGGAGGUGGAGACGGACAGUUCAACGAGGAUGGGUCUUUUAUUGGGCAGUACAGCGGAAAGAGCUCCAUCAGGGAAACUGCUGAGGCCCCAUCCCCAGUUAAUACAACCGCUAUGAACUCCUUUGUGUAG